AUGAUGAAGGGAACGAAGAAGUUAUUAUUACCAGGAUCAUUAUUGUUGGUUUUCUUGUUAUGUUGUUCAACUUGUUCAGCUUGGUUUGGUAGUAGUAGUAGUAAUAGUAAUAAGCAUAAAACUAUUAGUUCCAAUUAUGGAAAUGGAAGAAGAAACUCUAUUCCUCUUGAUGAACCUUCCUCUUCCUCUUCCUCCUCUUCCUCCUCCUCGUCUUCGUGGUUGUCAUCGUCGUUGCUUAAUCAGUAUCGAGCUAGCUCAUCCGUCGUGUUUCGAGUUCACGGCAACGUUUAUCCUGUUGGGUUCUAUAAUGUUACAUUGAACAUAGGGCACCCACCAAGGCCUUAUUACCUUGACAUUGAUACAGGCAGCGACCUCACAUGGCUUCAAUGUGAUGCCCCUUGUACUCAUUGCACUCAGACGCCGCAUCCGUUGUACCGGCCAAGCAAUGACUUGGUGGCAUGUAGGGAUCCAAUGUGUGCAUCAUUGCAUCAGAAUGAAGCAUAUGAAUGUGAGCAGCCACACCAAUGUGACUAUGAAGUUGAGUAUGCAGAUCAUUACUCUUCCCUUGGUGUUCUUGUGAAUGAUGUGUACCUUCUGAACUUCACAAAUGGAAUCCAACUGAGAGUUAGAAUGGCACUUGGAUGUGGAUAUGAUCAGUUAUUUCAAGAGCAUUCAUACCAUCCAUUGGAUGGAAUGCUUGGUCUUGGAAGGGGAAGAUCAAGCUUGGUUUCACAGCUUAAUAGUCAGGGUUUGGUUAGAAAUGUAGUUGGACACUGCUUGAGUUCACAAGGGGGAGGCUAUAUCUAUUUUGGUCAUGUUUUUGACUCUUCUAGACUCACUUGGACUCCUAUGACAUCCACACAUUUCAAACAUUACUCAGCUGGGCCAGCUGAACUCCUUUUGGGAGGAAAGAGAACUGGGAUUGGAAAUCUCCAUGGUGUUUUUGACACUGGCAGUUCUUACACUUACUUCAAUUCCAUGGCUUACCAAGCAGCAAUUUCUUGGUUAAAUAAGGAGUUAGCUGGGAAGCCUUUAAAAGAAGCACAUGAUGAUCACACUCUCCCUCAAUGUUGGCAUGGUAGAAGACCUUUCAGAAGCAUACAUGAAGUCAGAAAAUACUUCAAGCCUAUGGCGCUUUCUUUCACCGGUGGCGGCCGAAGUAAAGCUCAGUUUGAAAUCCCUCCUGAGGCAUACCUCAUAAUAUCAAACAUGGGAAAUGUUUGCUUGGGAAUCUUAAAUGGAUCUGAAGUAGGGAUGGGAGAUCUAAACCUAAUUGGAGACAUAUCCAUGCAAGACAAAGUGAUGGUAUUUGACAAUGAGAAAAUGAUGAUUGGUUGGGCACCAGCAGAUUGUGACAAAAUCCCCAAAUCAAGACAUGCCAACAUUUAAAUCAUAAAAAGAUUUAUAUUUCUUUCUCUCUCCUUUAUUUGUCACUAAGUAGCAGUUAUUUCUCACUGUUUAUAGAACAGAGUGGUUGUGUUGUAUCAUAUGAAUGUUGAUCUGUUUGUGAAGUUAGCCUUAUAAAUAGUAGAAAACAUAAUGAUAUACUGGUGGUGGGAAUUUACCUUAAAUAAUAUUAAUAGUGUAGUUACAGCUGGUUACAACCUAGAAAUUAAUUAGUCAUACGAUUACAUUAAAAUUUACAGCUCUGAGGUUUCCAUUUGGAACUGAUAAGGCAGAGUAAUGCAAGUUGAUGCAAAUAUCAUAUAUUGAUUUCAUAAUUAAUCAAUUCAGUGCUGUACCACAAAUCCAUCUGCUUUCUCAAAUGGUUUUUGAUCUAUUCAAAUUUGACUGUAGAAACAAAUCUUCUUAAUCCAUAUGCUACGAUGGAAUCUUAUCUUUUUUACUCUUCUAGAAAUAACAGCUACCCUUUCUCUCAACAGAAAAGAU